AUGGGUGCUCUUCGUUCGCUCUUCCUGAUCGCCCUCGUCCUCGCCGUGACUCUGAACCUCCUCGCUGGAGUCUCAGCGGCGCCGCGACGCGCCCUCGGCAAGGUCAAGGGGAAUCCUCCUCAGAAGCCCCUCCCGCCAACUCCAUUCGACCCGAAGAACUUCCCCGUCGCAUCUAACCCUCCCUCUCCAAGCGGCUCGCGGAAGGGCUCCAUGGACUCAACCAUCUCGUUCGAUUCCAACGCGCCAUCCGUGCCCUCAAUCAGCGGCUCGCCGUCACGAAAGGGCUCAGCUGAUUCGUCCUUCUCCUUCGAUUCCAAGGACGGCGGGUCCCGCAGGAGCUCCGUGGGUUCCGUCUCGUCCGUGGAUUCCGCUGCUGCGGCGAAGAAAUUCCUCUCGAACGUCCCAAACGCGUUCGAGACUUACUCGGGCAACUCUGGCGGAUCCCGGAAGGGCUCAGGGGCAACGCCGCGCAUUCUCGUUAUCAAGGGGGGACCUCAGAAGCCCCUUCCGCCCAACCCAAGCAGGAAAUCAUCUGUUGAUUCGUCCGCCGCUUCGGGGUUCCACGUCGCCAACUUCCCCGUCGCGUCUAACCCUCCCUCUCCAAGCGGCUCUCGAAAGGGCUCCAUGGACUCAACCAUCUCCUUCGAUUCCAAGGCGCCAUCCGUGCCCUCGCUCAACGGCUUGCUGUCCCGAAAGGACUCAGUGGGCUGCUGUGGUGCGGUGACAUGGGCUCCAAACCGAUUGGAGGGCAUGGGUAGUGGUGCUGUGUUCCUGUGGUACGAGGCUGCUGUUUCUCACGGGAAAAUAGGUGGAAACUCCAGGAAACUCAGGGGUGCUGCUUUAGAGGCGUGCUGGUGGGUAGGAGUAGAUUGUGGGGGGUAA